CAAACAAAAUGAGUUAACAUUAGCAAACAGCAGCUAUAACUCACAUCAGUUUAUCUCAUUAUCUGCAAUCAUGAUCAAACUGUUAACAAUUGUCAUUGUUGCUGGACUGAUAUAUGAAAGCCACCAGUAUGUCAGAGGAUCACCUAACUCAGGGAAAAGAUACGGCUAUAACAAUGGCAAAGGAUGGCAUCAGUCAUGGAAUGAAAGACGAGAAGCAUCCCACUUCAAUCAAAUGAAGCCAGGAUGUUCAGCAGGACAGCCCUGCAACAAUCCCACCCAGAUCAUUAUGGGAUCAUACUUUCCUCCAAUGCAGCCAGGAUGUUCAGCUGGAUGGCCCUGCCACUAUCCCACCCAGAUCAGUGUAGAAUCCAACUGUGCUCCAAUACGACCAGAUGAACAGCGCUGCUACUAUCCGACCCACAUCCAAUGCUGGACACCAUGGUUUGACAGAAAGUCCAUUACCGACGACUGGGAGACCUUCCAGUAUCUUCAUAGAGAGCAUCCGGAAGAGAUCUGUCCUAACCCAGUUGAUAUUCAGACCAAUGGUCAGAAUAUCCGUUUCAGCUGCUAUCCCCCUUUCUGUGGUGGAGGAGUGUGUUGGACCCGCUGGUUUGACAGUGUCCGUUCUAAGGGCUCAGUGUCAGUGCAAAUUAGCCGGGCUACCUGUGACUACCCUUUGUACAUUGAGGCUGUUACUGUUAAAUCAAUGACCCCAGCCACUGACACAGGGGAGAUCUUCAAAACCCUCAAUCCAACUGAGGGAUUUGUUUGCCGUGAUGUAGACCAGGACUGUGACAAAAAACAGUGCAGCGACUACAAAGUUCGCUUUGGAUGCGCAUGCAGUGAUGGCGAUGGCAAUAGAGGUGAAGGCAAUGGAGGCGAAGGCAAUGGCAAUGGCAAUGGAGGCGAAGGCAAUGGAGGCAAUGGCAAUGGAGGCGAUGGCAAUAGAGGCGAAGGCAAUGGAGGCAAAGGCAAUGGAGGCAAUGGCAAUGGCAAUGGAGGCGAAGGCAAAGGAGGCAAUGGCAAUGGAGGCGAUGGCAAUAGAGGCAAAGGCAAUGGAGGCAAAGGCAAUGGAGGCGAAGGCAAUGGAGGCGAAGGCAAUGGAGGCAGUGGAAACAGCAAGAAUAAUCCAUAA